CUUCGCUGGGCGGCUGGACGUUUGACGCGAUGGACGUUCUGGCGUGGAGCGAAGAGGCAGGCAUGACUGCCUGGCUGCAGUUCAUGGUGCUCCCCGGCGGCCCCAUCUUCAUGGGCUCCCUCAAGACCGCCGCCGACGCUGAGGCUGCAGGCUGCAACGUGUUUGGAGAGCUGCGCAGCCAGCCAAGCCGCCUGGCGCCCGAUGCCAACAUGGACCCUGCCGUCGGCCAGCUGGUUGCAUCCGGCCUGGCCUCCGCCUCCACCAUGCUCGCUGCCUCCCUGCUGCGCUCCGCCUUCAGGUGCUGGAGUGCGCUGAAGAGCGGCCUGAGCGCGGACGAGAUCGCAUCGGCGCACGAUGUCAUGCUGGAGAGAAUGGACGCCGAGUUUGGAACGCUCAAGCGGCUGGAGACGCUGGUGACCGCGGCCGAGGCCACCUUCCCGGGAGCCGCCGGCGCCAAGGAGAUGGACCCCGCCGCCACCGCAGACGCCGUCGCCGCAGAAGCCGAGGCUGCCGAGAAUGCGCAGGCUGCCAAGACGGCGGCUGAGGCGACAGAGACGGCGGCACGCGAAGCUGAGGAGGCCGCCAACAAGAGCGACGCCCUGGAGGCCACCUCCAAGGCCGCCGUCGCCGCAUGGCGCGCCAGCCAGGCCCAGUCAGCGGCGGCUGCAGCAGAGGCGUCCGCUCUGGAGUCCAGCAAGCACGCUCGCCUGUCGCACACAAUUGCCGCGCUGGCCGCCGCACAGGCCGCUGCACAGUCCUUCAACAUGGCAAAGGAGGUGGCUGCUGAGUCAGCUGCAGCGGAGGCACGGGCGGCGGCGGCUGCACUGCGCGCGGUGGAGGCCGGCAUUGCACUGUACGCCGAGAAGAGGGACUACCUCAAGCUCAAGGACAUUGCCGAGGCAUCCGACGUAGCCGGCAAGGCGCUGGACGCGGCCAAGGCGGCAGUGACCGGGUGGGAGGCGGCGAGCGUGGCCAGCCGCAGGGGCGCGCUCGAUGCGGCCAAGGUGGCCGCAGAGUUCUCGCAGCUCUGCCACAAGUUCAUGCGCUCCGUGCACCGCGCCUAGGCGCGCAAAUACAGUCCCCCCGCUGCCGGGCAUGCACGUGGGGCAAAGACCUUAAUCGCUCAAUAUAAAAAGCAGACAAGGCGGCAGCACACUGUCGCCCCGGAUGGCAUGCACGGCAGAGCUUCUGUCGUGUGUCAAGUGAUGUACCACAGAUGGAAGACGAUGGAAAGCUGCCGGUGUCGGAUGGCGGCAGCUGCAGGCUGAGCCAAGGAUCAUGGGCUCAAGGAAAAUUCCUACAAGCAGGCAGUGGUGAUGGGAAGCCGAUGAUGGCGUUGGUAGAUCUCUCACAGGGAGGCAACCCACAUGAGCAGCAUGUCAAGGGGCGCAUGCAAUAGCCACCUGCAGAGGAGCAGAGGGAAGCUGCUGUGGGAAGGCCGGCUUCUUGGAAUUACUGUGAUAGCAGAAGGCUCUUGUAGUGGGGACAUUAUGGUGGUGAUGAUUGAGUCAUGCUCAGGAAGGGCAUCAUAACAGAUUGCAACACUUGGAUAGCAUGCAGGUGGGGCCUGGUUAGCAAGUUGCGAGGUGCACUGCAUCGUUGCUAGGCUAGGUGCUUGAACCAGGGUGUCAACUUGAACGUAAAAAGACUUGGAAGUUUGACAAAUAGAAGCAGUAGAGCAAUGUAGUAGUAACUUGCAAAUGUUGACAUUAUUGUGCUCGUGCAAUAGAGGGUGAUUUACAGGAACCUGGCUUUUAAGCAGCAUUGGAAGGUUGCACGACAGUAGGACAGAAAACAGUGGUACCUUGCAAGUGUUGCGUUGCGUUUGUGGAGUUUUUUUGUUGAGCAGAAUUUCAUUCGAUAACAACAACUGAUGCUGCUACUUUCGAUUCAGGGGCAGCGCAGAGACUGGGCACAGCAAUUGCUUGGGUGUUACAUUGUGAUAGGAAUUAGGUGAACGUUUGCCGAGUGAUUUGAUUUGUGCCCACUCUUUGCUCAUGACCCAUUCCCUUCCUGAAAGGUGAAAGGGUGGGGCUCAGUGAUUCCCAUUUGGCAAGUAAAAUUUCUUUUUGGAAUACAUUUUCCUUUAUGUAUGCAUCAUAGCCAAAUGCAGCUUCAUAUGGCAAUGCAUUUGCCCUCUCAGUGCCUACCUAAGAAGUGGCACCUCCAAUUCUUCUUCAGUGCAGUACAUUUAACGCAAGCCCUCUC